GCCCACCACGUGACCACGCGUUCUCGGAACCUAGCGGUGAACCUCGUGUAAACCUGGCAGAAACCACCCUAUUGUCGGCUACAGCUACUUGCAAAUAUAAACAACAAAAUGACCGAUGCAAAGGCUACUUUAACGCGCGAUGGAACAAUGCAAGUGACUGCAAAGGAGGGUAUAGACUUGCUUAAAAAAGAAGGAUGUAACAGAUUAUUGGCAGCACAAGGAUUAAUUUCAGAUGUUGGAAAUUCUAGCUCUGACAAACCAGGACUUCCUAGAGAUGGAACUAUGGCAGUCACAGCCAAGGAAGGAGAAGCUGUUCUUGAUAGUUUAGGGGGUAAACCUGAUGCUGAUGCAGCCACGAGAGGUCAACAGAAAAAAAUAGAAGCCAUUCAGAAAGAAACUAAGGAGGAUCCUCCGGCUAAAAAACCAAAAUUAGCAAAGGAUGGAACAAUGGUGGCAACAGCUAAGGAAGGAAAGGCAUUAGUAGGUGGUGAGAAAUUAGGAGAUACUCGACAAGAAACAAAAAGAAAAUCUGACAAACCACAACCGAAAAGAGAGGGUACAAUAGCUAAAGCUGUACAAGAAGGUAUAUAG